AUGCUGCCAUCAGAAAAUGGCGACGAGGAUCAAGGCAGCCAGAAACCGAAAAGGGCAUAUUUGCGGAAAGGUGAAGGAACUGCCAGAUUCAGAAUGACUAGAAGAUCUGCACCACUUACUUCAAGCCCUGCCAUCAACUUGCCCAGAUUUACUCCGACGAAUUCUGCUCCGAGUUCUGCUCGAACAAUUGACAGUGGAAUCCCCCACGACGACGACACACGACCUCCAACGACUGCGUCACUUCCGCUGGAUCAGCCUUCGGUGUUAGAAAGUCAUGAUAGCGGGAAUCGAUCGGAAAGCAAUGAACGUCGCGAAGAAGACAAUGUUGAAGUAGUCUCCGCGAUGCAGUCAUACGUUCCUGGCGAUAGAAGUAGUUCUGUUCUAGAAACGUGCAGUAAAGUUUCAGAAGAGGCAACACAGUUGCGCGCAGAAGCUGAUCGAAUUACAGCACAAGCGAAUUUCAUCAAUUCGAUGAAGUCUGUGUCGAUUACGCCUUCCUCCUAUUCAUCGAAUAUCUCUGGUCCCAUUUAUCAGUCUACUCCAAAAGGAUCUCUGCGUCACGAUGAUUUGUCUGAUGAUCCGACAUUCCUUCCGCCUCCAUUAGUUCCUCCACGAAAUCAUUCUCCUCAAACUUUAUCAUCUCUUGCUUCUUCUGGAUCACUAGAUACGCCACAAGCUCGACCACUUGCUGGUAAUCGCUUGAAUAUGAUGGUACAAAACGAAGCGCAAACUGGCAUCAGUCUUCUGAACAAUCCGAGAAGGCAACCUAUGCUGCCCGCACAUCAUCAUCCAAGUCAAAAAGAGAAUGUGCCAGAGAGGAAAGCUCCUUCCGAACACGUAUAUGACGAACCUCUUCAAAUUCAACGUCCUCAUCGAAGAAAUCGAGAAGAACAGCGUCAGAAACAUAAUCUUAUGCUCCAGUUAAGAGACACUAUCGCUCAUUUGGAUUAUGCAUCAGAAUGUGUGUGGAGUACGAGAAAGAAACAAGAAGAAGCUUAUGCGAAACGGAUGAAAGAAUUAGAGGAAGAUUUCGAAUCGAAAAUGCAGAUGAUUCAAGAAGACAAUACAUCGGAAGAAGAACGGCUCAAACGAGAGAGAAGAGACAUAGAAAGAGAUAGGAAAAUCUUACAGAAAGGGAUCGGAGAAAGAGAAAAAGAGCAUACACAAAUGAUUGCUAAACUCCGAGAGAAAUUGUCAAAUUCUGAGUCUCAAAACGCGAAACUUCGUCAAGAUAAACGAGCUGUGGAGGAAAAGAUGAAGAAGUUCAUUGAAGAAAAUGAGAAGCUAACGAAGGAUUUAAAUCGCAAUAGAGCUACGUGCCAACGACUGGAGAAACACAUCAAACAAUUGCGAACAGAAAAAGAGAAGGAUGAUAGAGAGAAAGAGAUGUUUGCAAAGGUUGCGAUGAAUCGAAAAGCAGCGGCUUCUGGAAUAGCAACCGGAUCGGCAGCUUCUUCGAGACUUCCAUCUGUGUCAUCUCUAGCGAGCAGCAUGAAAACAGGAUCCACUGGAAAAGGAAGAACAGUCAGUUUUGCAGAUGAUGAACCUGAAGAACAGACAUUGGAAGCUGGUGAAGAAACAAUGCAGCCAGAGUUCAUUAUGAGACCGUACGAAACUAAACAAAGCCGAUUCGGAACAAGUACCAUGUAUCGUGAUUCGAUUGGCGAAACUACACGAGUGACAAGUACAAUCGCAAAUGGAUUGCUUUUCGAAUACUCAAAUGGAGAUUUUAGAUGGAUGAAUCGUCAAAACUCUGUAGAGAUUUACCGUAUCGCUGUCGAUAAAUCCAUCAUUGUGAACCUUCUUCAGUAUAAUAUAUCUUUCAUUUACUUCUUUCAAAGACAAUUAGAAGUUUGGAGACCUGGAAACAAUACUACAUUGAUUAGCGUGAAACGGAGAGAGGUUCGGACCGAAUUACAUUGUGAGAAUGGAACGUAUUAUACAGAAAUGUUCGACCGAAACGGGAGGUACGUCACAAAAGAUUUCUGUCGCCCUGAAGUGUUCAAAGACAUUCCUCCUGGAUCUGCAUGCAGCUAUCGUGACGGAGGUACCCGAUACGUGGAAUACACAGCACCAGAAGACUUCGAACUCGUCGAACCUGAAUACCGUCUUCGUUGGUAUCAAGGAAAAGUGAUGGUGUGCAAGAUCAUUAAACGUCCACGGUGCAACGAGAAGACUCUACGAGUACAAGUUGACGUCACAACUGGAAGUGGGAUUCUGGAAGAAGUGGAAAGCCAAUUGAAGGAUGGACAGAGUCAGAAGACAACGGUUUUCCCGUGGUCCUAG